AUGGCCUUAGCCGCAAGGAUCUCUCGCAGUCUUAAAAAUCUGAGAGAACUUAGCCCAACUCAAGGCUAUGUAGACUCUGUGAAAAGUAAAUGAUAAGCAGAUAACAUUGUGUCGAUUUUUGGAUUAAAUGCCGCAAAAAAAGGUGACUUUGUAAAAAUUGGGGAUAAUCACGCAUGGGUUUUUGCUUUACUUGAAGAAAAGGUGCUAGCAGCAUGUUUAAGCGAAAAAAUUGAAAAAUUAGAAGGAGACGUCACACUUGACAUAAAUUUCAAGCUCCAAGUCCCAGUCAACGCUGCAAAUACAAUUUUGCAUCCUCUAUCUCCAAAAAAUGAAGGCCUCGAUUUCAGCAAAUUUCUUAAUUUAAAGCCGAGCCUAAAGCAUUUACCAUGCACUAAAAUGCUGACGAGUGGAUUUUUGCAAGUAGAUUUGAUGCAGCCUUUAAGUUAUGGCCAAUCAGUAAUGCUACAUGGAAAAUCAAACUUAGGGAAAACAAAGCUUGCCAUGAGUGCUGCCAAACAAUUUUUAAAUGCAGGAGACAAUCAUAAAGUUGUUAUUGCAAACCCAAAUCCUUAUAUAAAUGCAAGUGCGUUGCAGGCUUAUAUAAAUUCCCCAAACUCUGUCAUUUAUUCAUCAAAGCACCUGAGCUCUGACAUUUCCCAAUACUUCACACCCUACUUUGCUUUGGCUCAUGCAUGCUAUUUAAGGGACCAAGGAAACCAUGUCUUUUUACUUAUCAAUGAUUUACUCCACCACACAUUUAUCGAGAGAUCCUUAUUUUACCAAUACAAGCUAAUGCCGACAAAUAUAGCAAAUAUGAUUUUUGAGCAUUCAAAAUACUUAUCUGAUAAGUCUUCGCUUACCUCAGUAACUAUUUUAGAAGAAAACAGCGAAGAUAAUAUUCACAAUACUUUAUCAUUAGGAAUGGCAGUCCAUAUGCGCUCAUUUGUCAAUCAAGUUAUUAAUUUUGAGACAAUUAAAAAGCCAUUUAUUGAUAAUCGUCCUUCAUUAGACUUUACCAAAGGUAAAAAAAUCCCAAUUAUUUGGCAGCACCCUAUUUUGCAGUCAAUAAGAGCAGAAUUUAUUGAGAUUUUUUCUGACCUUAAACAAAUGCAGGAGCUUGAAGAAGCCAGAUCUAAGCUUAACAUAAAAACAGAGCCAUGGGAGAAGUAUUUAUUGCUGGACUCGAACUAUUUCUUGAAGCUAAUGAACCAAGAUACACCUAUGGAGCUAUGGGAACAAAUCAUUUUUUUGAAUUUCUGCAUAUAUGUGAUUAAAAAUGAGAUGGUUUCUAUGAUCAAAAGUGACAUGAAAAUUGUGAGGAACGAAUUUUUAGAAUUCAUAAGAAAAUCAGUUGACACAACAGUAAACGGACUGAAAUACCGCAUUUCUGAAGCCACAGAUGUGCAGGAUAUAAGGAAAAAGUUGAAUAAAGCUAUUAAUGAAGUAUUUCUAGAAGAACUUAAGAGGAAAGGGAACUUGAAGCCGCAUAAAGAGGACUAUGAGGAACUUAUAGCAAGCAGUCACUCUACAAGUGUGGAAGCUCUCCCUAAAAAUGUUAAUGAAGAUAUAACAACUAGGCAGGUCUUACAAGAGAAGUAUGAGAGUAUAAUUGGAACUGGUAAAGAUGAUAAUUCUUAG